GUUAGGGCAAAUACGUGUGGUGCCGUAAGCCUCGUGGAUGUACAUUUAUGAGUAGGGCGGACUUAUUAACAUUGAUAAAAUACGAUUACGCUGAAUUUGUGGUGGGACAAUGUUCCCCAGUCCACCUGUUUCCGCUGCUACUGCAUGUGUACAUAUGUAGAAAUGGCAUAAUUAUAAAGCCUUGGCGACUUGUUGUCCAGGUAUAAAAUGGGUAGUCUGGCAUUAUUAUUGCUCAUUGCAACGGCCACACUCGUUUCGAAAUAGUUGAAUAUUCAUAUUUUGGUGCUUAAAGAUUACAGAAUAAAUUUUGAGUUUUUCCUCAACCUUAACCUCAACUAUCAAUUUUAUAGUUAGAUAAAUAUAUAGCAAGCAGGAGUUUUAGAUUACAAUUAAACCUGGUAAUUUAAUUAGAUAAAGGUAAAGCAUGAGUGACAUUUCCGGAACUAUGGUAAAAUCUGAAAUUCCUUCCGAAAUGUUGUCAAAACCUGAAUUUGACUGGAACGGAAGUCACUACGAUCGAGAAUUGAACCUCUUUCUCACCGGAUAUCAAAGUGAUUUGAUUCUCCAUCUGGGAAGUGAAGGGUUAAAGAUUCCCGUGCACCGAAUAUUUCUCCAGGCCGGGUCACCAGUGCUGAACGAAAUGCUCAAGAGAACAGCAGCGGAUCUAAUUAUUAAAGACGACGUCGAUAUUCGAAUUUUUAGGAUGCUACUUAGGUAUUUGUACACGGGAAAGUCCGACGUGGAAAUGGGGGAUGCCCUUCAACUAAUGCAACUUGCGACCAAAUAUCAAGUCCAGUGUUUGCGAGACCACUGCGCUACUGUUUUGGAGGGGGAUUUGACUUUGGAAAAUGUACUUCCUUUGUUUCAAAGUGGGAUGGAAUAUGCUCACGGGGACUUUAUCCAGUCCACGCUCAAAUUCAUUUGCACGAAUGCACGAAAAAUUUUGAAAUCUGACCACUUCACCACGCUUCGACUGGACUGUUUAAUCGAAGUUAUUCAACAGGAUUCACUCCAGGUCAGGAACGAAAUAGAGGUGUUUGAAGCAGUGUAUCGCUGGGGUCAGGCCGAGUGUACGCGUCUCUCUUUGGAUUUUAAAAAUUCUGAAAAUCUCCGGAAAUGUUUGGCCAAACCACUGACUCAUAUCCGAUUUCCGUUAAUGAGUCAUAAAGACUUUGCUCUAAAAGUGGCGUCAAAGAAGCUGCUAAACGUCGAAGAGACCAUGGAACUACUCACCUCCUUUCUUCUCCCCGUGGAUGAAAGAAAUAUGCUUCCACCCGGAAAAUUCAUGUCAAAUCCACGACUCUAUCUUACCAACUACAUUGGUGCGCGUGUCACCGUCAGUCGGAACCUUGCCGGCGUUGCCAGACUAGUACGGAAUAUGACUGGGACACCAGGAAAUACAAAUGGCAGCGAAACUAUUGUGUAAGUUAUACAAUUUUUGCCAACUUAUUGUCCACUAUUUUAAAAUUAUUCCCCAAGUGUAUGUAUGUACACAUUUCCCCACCAUCUUUCCUGACUGCAUUUUAAGAAAAUUU